GAAGCUAUGAAUGAGGGCGAGGAGGGGGCGGGGCAGGAAGUUGGAAGCAACGAGGGAGCAAGGAACAGGUGAGGAGGGUCUGGGGGGCCGGCGGGGCGCGGUGGGUCCAAUCAAUCCCAUAUGUCCAGGGUCUCCAUAUGGCCUCCUCUUGCCCCCUGGUCCAAGAACACAGCAGGAGGGCUGGCCGCCCGGGGGUGGACUAGAUGACCCUUGCGGACCCUUCCAAUUCUGUGAUUCGCUCGCUGCUUCCCUCCCGCCCAUCCCCGUCGCCUUCCUGGCUCCAAGGAGAUGGGGGAGCGGCCGUGGCUGAGUGCUGGAGUACUGUAUCCGCCUUGCAUGCGGAAAGUCGCUGGUUCAGUCCCCGGCGUUCCCGCCCGAAACCCUGCAGUGCUGCUGCCGGUCAGUGCGGGCUGUAUUAGCCUAGAUGGAGCCGAUGAUCUGAUCCGGAAGAAGAAGGCAGCUUCCUAUGCCUGGAGAGCUGCUGAAUGUCGGUGCAGGCAAGGCUGAGCGACAGGGACGGGUGGCACAAAGCAGGUGGAGUGGGGGAACGCAGGCCUGGCGCCCACUGCAACCCUCCAGACUCGCUGUCCUGCACUGGAAACUCUCCAAGCUCCACCUCUUACUGGCUGUUCACACAUACAUGCACACACAUAACACGUGUUUUUGCCUGAUUGCACGGUGGCUGCAUAGAAUCAUAGAGUUGGGAGAAACCCCAAGGAACAUCUCGUACAACGCCCUGCAAUGCAGGAAUGCCGAUUCAGCUUUGGUAGUGCUGCUUCUUUGCACAGUUGGUGAAUGUGUUUCGGGGGUGGGGGGAAUCUGAGUAUGUGCAGAAACUUGCCUGCUGCAGAAAAGGCAAAAAUUGCAUUUGUUGCUUUGCCCAUUUUUGCUUCCGGCAAAUGGCCCUCAGAAUUUUGCAUGGAAGGGAAUGUGGCCCUCUCAUUAGAAAAGGUUCCCCAGGCCUUAAUAUAAGGCAUAGCAAGUAUAAGGCAGCUUCUAUAGCUUUGAGGGUUUUCUUCCCUCCAACCAAGCAGUGCAUAAAUUUGAUGAAAUAAGUAAACAAAGGUUUGUGAAUUUUUGGGAGGGGUUGCCGCUUGGUGAAAGAGCUCACUCUUUGCAUUGCUAAAGAUAGCUCAGUUGGUAGAGCAGGGCUCCCCAGGGUCUCUAGCUGUUGUUGGGCUACAACUCCCAACCUCCAGGUAUAGGGUGGUAUAUAAAUAAAAUAAAUAAAAUCAUCCCUAGCUAGCAGAACCAGUGGUCAGGGAUGAUGGGAAUUGUAGUCCACAAGCAGCUGGAGACCCAAGUUUGGGAAACCCUGCAGUAGAGCCUGAGUUGUGGGUUCGAGCCCCACAUUGGGCAAAAGAUUUCUGCAUUGCAGGGGGUUGGACUAGAUGACCCUUGUGGUCCCUUCCAACUCUACGAUUCUAUGAUUUUAGGUCCUGGAUGCAUCUUCCCAGCACCUCUAGUUUCCCAAGGACAGGAAGCAGUAGAUUAGUGUUUGCCAACUGGGUGUCCUCCAGAUAUUCUGAACUACAACUGAAGGGUGUUUUAGUCCGGAAUGCCUUGAAGGCACCAAGAUAGGGAGGCAAGAGGGACCACUGUUCCCUGCACAAAGCAGCAGCUCCAGGUAAGAAGGAAGGUUGUCAUCCAGCACCCUCAGCCCAGGUCAGAGCAGAUCCUUUGCAUGCAAAAGAUCCCGGGUUCAUUGUGUGGAGCUCGAUAAACCAGUGGGCUGGUGAAAGUGGUUGCUUCUUUCUCUCUUUCCCCCCCCCCCCCCAGUGUUUUGCAUUUGGGAAGCAGUGCAACAGUUGUGGAAAAAUUGGGUCAGAGGCUUAAGGGAACCCACAGCCCCCAUGGUCUCUAAUCCACCCCAACUUUACCCCAAGGGCUACAGACUCUUCUUUGACAGCCUUCCGAGGGCCAUGUGCUGGUGGUGGGUGGGGCCAAAGGCAAAAGUAGGAGGAGCCACAAGUUGUAAACUUUUCUACAAUAGGCUAGUUUCUAGAAACACACACACACACACACACACACACCCCCCUACACCUACACCUACCUCUCUGUCUAGACAAGCAGGAGGCAUUGUCAGCAGUGUUCCAAAUUAGCCAGGCACCAGGUGCAUUUUGCACCAGGCCACUUGCGACCAAGUUCAGACGCCUGGGUGCCAGGAUGGCGCAUGCCGUCUCCGCCAUCUGGGGAUCAUUGGAUCUGGACAGUUUUCACACACUAAAACCGCACCCUGUAGAAUUCUGUCAGUUAUAUUUAAUCUGCACAAUCGGAAUGAAUUCCAGGAACCAAAAUGCUUUUUCUGUGCUGCCUGAGCAGGGGCAAUGAACAGUGUUUUAGUUAAUUGUUGUAGCUUGUCUUCACUUAUCCACCCCACUGCCCUGCUCUCAGUUUUGAAGAAUACUCCUACAUUAGGAACAGUCCGUGUCACCCUUACGAAAAAGAGGUAGGAACUGGCGUGUGUGUGUGUGUGGACUGUCCCUGGAUCAAGUGACUUUUCUUCUUUAAGUUCUCAGAGCUCUUAACCUAGCUCAAGGUUGUCAUCUGAACUAGCCAGAUGUUUAACUGAUAAUCAAUCACAGCCAGUUCAUCCUUUGAAAAAUAAGACUUUCGAGCCGUCUUGCCCAAGACAUUCCAUUUUGGCGACUAUAACCUUGGUUUAAGAAGCCAUUGGUGCCUAGCUUAGAUGUCUGAGUUUCUAACACUGCCAGCCUGUGUAAAUACUAGGCUAGAUGGACCGACUUGGUGCAGGGCGGGUGCCCGCAUUUCUGAUGCAACAUUCCACGCUCAAGGCGACAAAGAAAGUAGCUAGCCAGCCCAGCCCAUUUCCCCUUCCUCUUUUUCUAACGGCAGGAGCAGAGAUUGAAAUGGGAUUGCACGGUCUUUGGAGGUUCACACUAUGGUGGAGAGGAGCUUGUGAGGGCCCAGUGUGAGAGGGCACAGCCUGGUGGGGAGGGACCAGGAGAUCCGGCGGGGCUGGGGAGCAAGUGGUCCUCCCAGAUGGAGUCUUGCGGAGGCACCAAAAGUUCCAGGGUGUGCUUGGGGUCCUCCAUGGCGGUAGAGCCUGGUGCAAGAUGUGACCAGGACUGGCUCCAAUUCAGUGGGAUUCCUUUCCUGGGCUUUCUGUAUUUCCCUUUGGCACCACUGUUUGACACAUACCCAAACCCCUGUGGUAUAUGUACUUGUGAUACUGUGCCAUAUGUUAGCCUUUGAGGCAGGGGUAGCAAACAUGGCAAUUUCCACAUAGUCGCUGGACUCCAAUUCCCAUCAGCUCCCAAACAGAAUGGCCAACGACAGUCAGGAAAAUGGAAGGCGGAGUUCAAAAGCAUCUUAAAGGCAUUAGGUCUCAUGUUCUCGGAUGCAUUUGGGGGUGGAGGGCUAAGCCAAUGCUUGCUCGCUGUUUUGUGGCAAGCUGAUGGGCCCCAAAACAGUUUAUGGAGCUGGCUGUGGUUUCUCACGGGCACUCUGCACAUUCCCAGAGGCACUGCUGUCAUUAUUAAUAAUAACCUUUAGAGCAGGGGUCAGCAACCUUUUUCAGCCAUGGGCUGGUCCAUGGUCCCUCAGACCAUGUGGUGGGCCAGACUAUAUUUUGAAGGGGGGAGGGAAAUGAACAAAUUCUUAUGCCCCACAAAUAACCCAGAGAUGCAUUUUAAAUAAAAGGACACGUUCUACUCAUGUAAAAACACGCUGAUUCCUGGACUGUCCGCGGGCCGGAUUGAGAAGGUGAUUGGGCCGCAUCCGGCCCCUGGGCCUUAGGUUGCCUACCCCUGCUUUAGACCUUGCAAAUGUGAUUUAUGUGCACAGUCUGAACAGCACCAUGUUGACUAUCUGUGCUUGAGGUUCUACAGAAAACUCCUUUUUAUUCAGAGUGGUAGAUUUUGUGCAUCCUUCUUACCUGUCCCAAAGACUCGGAUUGGCUAGAAACACUUGUUUGAAAAACGUAAGUUGAGUGACUUAAGAGGAGAUAAUAUUGUGGACUUUAGGGGAGGGACAAUGGGGCUACAGUUGUUUAUUUUUAAAUCUGGACCAAUCACUGAUGUGGGGAAAGGACUUAGGGGCGGGCCUUAGUUUCCCAGCAGCUAGACAUCAGUUCUUCUCAGGGAGGCUCGGGGAUUGGCUGCCUGUAUCGCAGGGGGCAUUUCCCCAUGUUCGAAGCUAUGAAUGGGGGAAAGAAGGGGGCGUGUCAGGAAGUUGGAGGCGGCUAGAAAGAGAAGCAGGUGAGCUGCUGGUGUUGCAGAAGGGCGGUGGCAGGGACUGGCUAUAAGCUGGGAGGAGGGAGGCUGUGGGUCAGUGGCAAUAUGAAUGAGCUUCCAGGAUUGAGCUUUGCAUGUAAUUGUGAAUUAGUGGGUAGAUGUAUCUUCCUUGUCAGUGGUGGAAAAGGUCCAGUUUGAAGACUGGUUGGUGAGAUCUGACUGCAGAGGUUCUUGUGAACACAUGAAACUCCUGCAUGCUAAACCGGGCACUGGGUGGAAAGCUGUCUGUGGACAAACACUGGCUCCCUCGGCCUGAAAGUGAAAUGAGCGCCACAACCCCAUAGUCGCCUUUGACUGGACUUAACCAUCCAGGGGUCCUUUACCUUUUACCUUUACCUUUUACUUUUAUCCUUCAUUGGAGGUUUUUAAGCAGAGGUUGGACGGCCUUCUGUCAUAGAUGAUCUAGCUGAGAUUCCUGUAUUGAAGGGGUCCCUUCCAACUCUAUAAUAUUACUUCUUCUUCAUUAUUAUUAUUAUUAUUAUUAUUAUUAUCAUCAUCAUCAUCUAUAAUGAAUUUCAUUCAUUCAUUCUGCCUGCUUUAGGUUUGAUGUCUUCAAUGCAACUUCAAGUUCGUUCGUUAGCACUGAAGGGUUAGUUCUGUAUUAAUGGCUCUUUCUCUUUCUCUCUCUCCCCAGUUUGGCAGGAUGGUGGAUCCCCAGUAUGUUCUGCCCAAUGAUAUUGGCGUCGCAAUGCUGGACUGUGCCGAAGCCUUCCACCUCUUAUCUGCGGAGGAAAGGCUGUACGCUCACUACCUGUCGCGGGCCUGUUGGUACGGGGGGCUGGUGGUGCUGCAGCAGACCUCCCCAGAAGCGCCUGCCAUCUAUGUCCUCCUCUCACGGCUCUUUCGGUCCCAGGACCCGACUCAGUUAGGCGAGGUGGCGCAAUCGCUCGGCCUCUCAGACGAGGAGUAUCAGGUACUAGAGACAGCAUGUGUCCUGCGAGGUUUGUCCAUCCGGUUCUCUUCCACAUUCUGGCUACUCAGCUGUGUUUGGAUACCGUACACUUACCAUAUUUUUCGCUCUAUAAGACGCACGAGGCCAUAAGACGCACCUAGUUUUUGGAGGAGGAAAACAGCAAAAAAAAUAUUCUGAAUCUCAGAAGCCAGAACAGCAAGAGGGAUCGCUGUGCAGUGAAAGCAGCAAUCCCUCUUGCUGUUCUGGCUUCUGGGAUAGCUGCGCAUCCUGCAUUCGCUCCAUAAGACGCCCACACAUUUCCCCUUACUUUUUAGGAGGGAAAAAGUGAGUCUUAUAGAGCAAAAAAUACGGUACUUAGCCAAGAACUGCACAAGCCCCUCGCCCUCCUCCUCAGCCCCCUUUCUUUGCUCUUCCUUUGAGCCGCAGUUAAAGCAGGAAGCAUCCAUUGUAGCUCCCCGUUGUGUACGAACCAAGAAACUAUGGUUGCCAGCUUCAGAACAAGCCUUGGUUAGAAGUCGGUUUACUGUAUUUUUCGCUUCAUAAGACAGCACUUUUUUCCUUCUAAAAAGUAAGGGGAAAUGUGUGUGCAUCUUAUGGAACGAAUGCAGGCUGUGCAGCUAUCGCUGAAGCCAGCACAGCAAGAGGGAGAGCGGUGCAGCGCCUCUUGGUCUGCUGGCUUCCCAGCGAAGCAGGAUGAGGGAUGGAAGGGGCUCCAUAAGGGCUCCCUUCCGUCCCUCAUCCUGCUUCUCUGGGAAGGCAGCACAACAAGAGGCGCUGCGCAGCUCUCCCUCUUGAUGUGCUGGCUUCAGCGAUAGCUGCGCAGCUUGCUCUGACUUUUCAGGGAGGUGGGAGAAGGGACGGAGGGCAGCCCAUCAGUCCCUUCUCCCACCUCCCAGAAAAGCCAGCAAGAGCCGCUCUAUCUUUAAAGAGCCGCACCGAGCGAGCGUGGCUGCGGCUCUUGCUGGCUUUUCUUGUUUUCCUCCUCUAAAAACUAGGUGCGUCUUAUGGUCGGGUGCGUCUUAUGGAGCGAAAAAUACGGCAGUUUUCUGGCUCAUGACAAAGUGUUAAUCAUUGUUUCUUGAGUCGGACAGCACAGGAAACUGUGGUUAGUUAGAGGCUUCCUGCCCCAAAGGGAGGAGUGAAGGGCGCUAGGCCAAAGACUCCUGCAUAUCUAGAUUUAGCAAGCCACAUUGUAAGCAUCUGAACGGACUGUGUCUGUUGUGUUUGGAAUGUUCUGCUGGCCUUCUCUGAAAAGAGAUGUUGUAAAAAGCCUGGAGGGGUCUGGAGAACCGUUCCUAUGAAUUAAGCACAUGAAACUUGUGCUUUUUAGUUUAGGGGGAAAUGGUGAGAUGAGGGUGGGGGUACAUAGUAGAGGAGUUUACACCCGAAAGUUCUCAGGACUUUUUGAUGGGAAAACAAAUCAUGAUGCCCAGCUCAGGCAUGGCACUAAGCUGGAAAAAGAGCAGGAUCUGGGGGCCAAAUGCGGCCCUCCAGGCCUUUUUGUCUGGCCCCUGCAACUCUUCCCCAGGCCGCUCCCCUCAUUGGCCUUGUUUCACAUCCACCAUGAGUGUUUUUGCUGCAGUGGAGUAUUCUCUUCCACUCUGAUAAUGCCUCUUGCUCGCUGGGAUGGAGGAUAGAGAGGGGCAUAUGAGUGAAUGUCUAUAAUCUGGGCUACUCUACGUUAUUGUACAUCAUAAUGUAUUUCUGACUGGUGAUGUUAAAUUCUCGGUAAUAAUCUUUUGGAGAAUAUUCUCAAGAAUAUUCUCCAAAAGAUUAUUCUUGAGAAUUUAACAUCACUAUUUGUGACCGCUCUGGCAUUCAUUCUCUCAUAACUUAGUCUACAAGUUAAAAUAGGGACUGUUUCAUUUAAUGUAAGUGCUAUAUGUCCAUACGUAGCCAAAUUGGUACAUCUAUUGCAGAUGUAAUUAUAUUUUUUUGCAUUAAAAAAAAUCCAUAAAAAAACUAAAUUAAAAGAAGAAGAAAGUGGGCUGCUGUGGAAAGGUAAAACUCACAUUCAUUGCUCCACCCACUUUUGUUUAUGACUCCGCCUACCAAUGGCACGUGGCUCCCAAAAGGUUGCCCAGAAGGGAAUGUGGACCUCAGGCUGAAAAACGAUUCCCACUCUUGGGACAGAUUUUUAACAACAUCUGGAGAGCCGAAAGGCUAGAUAAAAUUGGUUUAGUGGGGAGUUUCUAGAACUGGGCUAAUUUGCCUGCAGGCGGACUGUAUCCUUUGUCUGAAGGUAGUUAUAUGGUCUCUCUGGUUUUAUAGCUUCCCAAUUCCAAGUUUGUAAAAAAAUAAUAAUUAUUUUUUGAGGGGUGGGAUUUUAAAAAAUAUGGCUAAGGGGGAGGGAGAGGCUCUCACGACUGUUGCUGCUUGCAGGCCUUCCUGGUUUACGCUGCCGCCUUCUAUGCCAACAUGGGCAACUACAAAUCCUUUGGGGACACCAAAUUUGUGCCCAACCUUCCGAAGGUGAGUACAAGGUUUGCAGGUGUCUAUAGUGGGCAGUGUUAGAAACUGAGACAAGAAAGCUAGGAGCUAAAUGGCUCCUUAAACCUAGGUUAUGGGCGCUGCAAUGGAAUGGAAUGGAAUUUUUGUAACAAGAAUACAAAGCCGAAAAUGAAUGAACUGCCAGUAAUAUCUUGCGUUCAUUUUUCACAUGGUCUAGUCCUCAUCUUAAGACUGCAAAAAAAGGAAAAAAAGCCAUACAUCCCCUGUCCACCCCCAUAAUAUUCUUAAGAGGGUCUCUUCUCCAGUCUUCAGAUUGCAGCUGGAAGUUGGGAGGCAGAAAAAGGUCCUCCUUUCCUUCCGGCAGUGGAAGUUUUAAUCUGAAAUCUUAGUACUGCACCCAGAGCUCUGAAACUUUUCGCAUUAAUGAAAUUCCCUGUCGCAAAGUGCGCCUAGAACAAUGGGAGUUUUUGAACGCUGGUGGUGCGAUAGGACAUCUAUGAGAGGGAGGGGCCAUUUAUCUUUUCCAGCUAAUUGGAAUGCUCCUUUUAUCUCACUGGUUGAGAGGUUGCGGAGGGGGCGGAGUCUCUCCUACGGAUAGGUUGAGGCUCCAUAUUGAUCUUUCUCACCCUUGGGACCCCAGAGGUUAUCGGACUACAACUCCCAUCAUCCCUAGCUAGGAGGACCAGUGGCCAGGGAUGAUGGGAGUUGUAUUUUGGGGGGCUCAAGGUUGAGCGAGGAGGCUCCGUAUGGUUCUGCUGGCAUGCCACUGGUAAUCCUUUCAUUUUUGCCUUCCUGACCUCAGGAGAAGCUGAAGCAGCUGGUGUGGGCGAGCCAGGCGUUUGCGGACCACCCAAAAGAGAUGGAGGUCCUGUGGGGCCGCUGUGCUGAGCGCAUGUUCUCCCUAGAGCCGACACAAAAGCACCUGGGGCUCUGUGGCCAGGUACACCUCCCUUUUGCCUGGCUAGAAUGUGCCCUGAUAAUGCUUCUUGUUUGCCAUGAUGGAGGCUGGAGAGGGGUGUUUCUGUUUGUAGAAACUAGCCUCCUGUGCAAAGGUAAAAUUUACAUUCAUUGCUCCACCCUCUAUUCCCCUGGCCAACUGCUGCCAUGUUGCCUCCAGAAGUUUAUUCAGAAGGGACUGGGGCCCAGGGGCUGCUUCCCCAUCUCUGAAGCCGAGAGCCAAGCUCAACCCAUCCGCAUGCUCAGUUCUGGGGGGAAGUUAGCAAGUAUCGCUUGAUAAUAAUAAUUGUAUUAUUUAUAUACUGCCUAUCUGACUGGGUUGCCUCAGUCGCUCUGGGUGGCUCCCAACAAAAUAUUGGCGGAAAUGACUGGCAGAAUCCGAGACCAGGGAGAAGAGUCGGUGGAAGAAGAUUGGAAAAAAUUUAAAGUUUAUUUACAGAAAUACUCUAAAAUUAAUGAAUGUUAGAAGGAUGCUGGAAAGAAGCCAUAUGACUUUAGUAGAAAUACUAUAAAGAACUAAGUAUGAAUAGAUUGACAUUGGGUAAAGAUGUAAAUUUAAGUCUAAAAUUGUGUUAAGUUAAAUGAUGGAACUAAAUUUGUGAAAGAGGGAAAGGACUUGCUGGAAUAAUUAAUUGAACUAGAAUACAAAAAAGGAGGUGUGAGGAAGUCGAGGAAAUAAGCAAAUGAAAGAUAAAGAUAUGAGAAUAUGGGGUUCCUUUCUAUGUUUGUCUGUUCUCUUUUGGGUUUUUUAAAUGCUUUUGUUUUUUCUUUUUCUUUUUUGUAUUUGUUGAUGUUUUGUAUUAUUGUAUCCAUUUUUGUUUUUGAGGCUUUGUAACUGUUUAUUGCCUGUAUUUUUCUUUUGUUUCUUUUAUCUUUUUUUGGUAAUGUCUAAACUUUAAUAAAUAUCUUAUAAAAAGGGGGGGAAAAGGAUAAUAAUAAUUUUAUUAUUUAUAUACUGCCUAUCUGACUGGGUUGCCUCAGUCGCUCUGGGUGGCUCCCAACAAAAUAUUACGAACACAAUAAAAGGUCAACCAUUUAAAAACUUCCCUGUACUGGGAUGUAUUCUAUAAGUCAAAUAGUUGUUUAGCUCCUUGACAUCUGAUGGGAGGGCGUUCCACAGGACAGGUGACACUACCAAGGAGGCCUGUUCCUUGUCACCUCACUUCUCGCAGUGGAGGAACUGCCAGAAGGCCCUCAGAGCUGGACCUCAGUGUCCGGGCUGGAGGACGGGGGUGGAGACACUUCUUCAGGUAUACUGGGCCAUUUAGGACUUUAAAGGUCAGCACUAACAUUUUGAAUUUGCUCAGAAAUGUACUGGGAGCCAAUGUAGGUCUUUCAGGACCGGUGUUACAUGGUCCCGUUGGCCAUUCCCAGUCACCAGUCUGGCAGCCACGUUCUGGAUUAGUUGUAGUUUCUGAGUCACCUUCAAAGGUAGCCCCACGUAGAGCACAUUGCAGUAGUCCAAGUGGGGUUUUUUUUGGGGGGGGGUGUCCUGUUGCCCAGGGCAACUCCAAGGACAGGUGCAUCCUGCUUAUUCCGUGUUUCCUCUCUCUUCUCUCUAGGGCACAUCUACUUACUUCUCUGCAAACUGCACCACGCAAGAUGCAAAGCUGGCCCAGGACUUCCUUGAUUCUGAGGUGCUGCAAGAACCCCACUUCUACACCGGGUUGAGCAGCCUAGAUGGGCAACUAGUCUGACAUAGUAUAAGGCAGCUUCCUGUCCCCCAUAUCAUGUCCUCUGCCCAAGUGGGCACACUGUUUACAUCAAGGGAAUGGGCCUUAUCGGGGCACCAGAGCUGGGCACUGCAUGCAGUGUCGCCCCCUGGUCAGUCCUUGGCAUCUCACAGUAGGGCUGAGAAAAACCCCCAUCUCAAACCUUGCGGGGCUCGAUGGACAAAUAACCUGACCAGGUGUAAGGCAGCUUCUUUGUUCGCCUGCUAUAGAGGGAUGUACCCUUGGGAAGAACCCCAGGUAGCAGGUGAUGGGAAAGACCUUUCUUCCUGAGAACCCCAGACAAUAGGGCAGCUUGUUUUGCUUUUCACGGCUCCAUCCUCUCACUUUCUUUUACUCUUUCCCCAGAACAUCAGUGCUUACAACACAAGGCUUUUUAAGACGAAGGUAGAUGACAAAGUGAAUUAUGAGGUUCGUCUGGCUUCGGUGCUUUCAGAUGGUAAGAGCGUUUUUUUGGGUCGCAUAGACCAGCCCUCUCCCCAACCCCACUCCUGGCAUGCUCACAGCACUCCCUGCUUAGGGCCAGUGAUUGCGUUGUUGUUGUUGUUGUUGUUGUUGUUGUUGUUGUUCAUAGACCACCUUUCUCUUCCAGGUCAUAGUCCAACACUCUAACCAUUAUGCCACACUUGCUCUCUAAUAGCAUUCCCAGAUUACAAUAAGCACAUGAAAUAAUUUAAACCUUUUGAAAGGCACAAUUUGAAAAUACCUGUCUGGCAGUGCUUUCUCAGAGAAGAAGAUGAGUCCUCCAUGAUUGUAAAGCAACCCAUCAGUUAACUCACCUGGGAAAUAUCCUCCACGUUACCAGGUCGGAGGAACUUCUCUAAACUUGGAAGUUUUCCUUUGCCAGCACUUGUUGAAAUCAGUGGUGCUGACACAGGGCAGGUAUCUUAAGGUGCAGCUGCAAUUGCAAUACUGUGUGCUUCAGUUGCAGUUCUCUAGUUGCCUUGCCUCCGAUAGGAAGCUGUGGAGCGGGACAAAACAUUAAAUAAAAGGGAAAUUGAAAUGUUCAAGGGGUUGGCGCAGUUCCCUUGUUGAUGGUUACAGCAUUUAGGACUUUUAGUUCAGAAAAAAAGCGAAAACACGAUAGAGGUGAAAAUGAUUGUGCAUGGUGUGAAAAAAGUGGAGGUUGUGUUAUCUUUCAUUAUUACUGGAACUCGGAACCACCCAGUGAAGUUGAAUGUCUAAAGAUUUGGGGCAGGCAAGAGGAAAAUACUUCUUCACACAAUGUGUGGCUUUGGAGGGUUACAGUUAAGUGGCAUAUACAUUUUACAAAAUAAAAUUAAUAAAUGAAUAGUUGAAACUAUGGCAUUUGCUCCCACAGGAGGCAGGGAUGGCCACCAACUUGGAUGACUUUAAAAAAGAGAGCAGACAAAUUUGCAGAGGAUGUUCUGCCUCCCCUGUGGGAGCCAGGAUGCCUCUGAAUGCCAGUCGCUAGGAGUCACAAGUGUGGAGAGUUGCUGUUGCGCUCAUGCGUGGCCUGUAUGGCCACUGUGAGGAGGAGAGCAGGCUGGAGCAAAUAGGCCUUUGGCCUACUCCAGCAGGGCCCUUCUUGUGUACUCACUUGCAAACUGGAAACCCAGGCAGCUUCUGCCAAGGGGGGGGCCUGCCCUCGGCUGCGCAGCCUUGUUUAAUCCACGCUUGGGACUUCCUGCACACGACCCCCCCCCCCGUGCACUCCCACAGCCCUUGCAAAGUUUACCUUCCUCCCCUCUUCCACCCAGAUUCUCAGCUUGACGCUGACAUGUCGGCCAAGAUUAAAUGUUUUGAGUUUGGCGGCUGCUUCUUCACUGUGACACGAGGAGAUUACUCCCCGCUUCUGGAGAAGGUUGUGGAGAACUUGAAGAAAGCCCAGGUGAGGGGGAAGGGGGUGGGCUUUCCUGGCUCACCUUGGACUGCCCCUGUGAUGGGGAGUGGAGGCAGGGAACUGAGACCCCAGUGCAGGAUUUUAAGCACUGCUUCAGGUUACAGGCAGGGAACAUAUGUGGCAUGUUCAUCAUUUUUGGUGGCAGCUGUACCUUUAGCAACACGUGUGACCCUAAGUCUUCAGCAUGUGUUGGCCUGUUCUCUUCGAAGUGUAUCCAUGAGGUCUAGAGACCUGUUGUUGCUGUUGUCAUUUAUUAAAUUGACAUACUGUCCUAUUCCCCCAAUCCUCAGGGCAGUUCAGAACAUAAAAUCUCAAUAUGAAAACACAAAAUACAGUGGUGCCUCAGGUUACAGACGCUUCAGGUUACAGACUCCGCUAACCCAGAAAUAGUACCUCGGGUUAAGAACUUUGCUUCAGGAUGAGAACAGAAAUCGUGGUGGCGGUGGCGCGACAGCAGCGGGAGGCCCCAUCAGCUAAAGUGGUACUUUAGGUUAAGAACAGUUUCAGGUUAAGGACGGACCUCCAGAACGAAUUAAGUUCUUAACCCAAGGUAUCACUGUACAUAGCAAAAACAACUCAAUAAUUUCCCCUCCCCAAUAUAUUUUAAAAGGGCAUUGGAUUUCAGUCAGUCCAAGGCCUGGUUGAAGAGGAACGUUUUUGCCUGGUGCUUAAAGGUGUAUAAUAAUGAAAGUGCCAGGCAAAUUUCCCUGAGGAGAGCAUUCCACAGACGGGGAGCCACUGCAGAGAAGGCCUGUUUUUGUGUUGCCACCCUCCAGACCUCUCAGAGAGGAGGCACAUGAAGAAGGGCCUCAGAGAAUGAUCUCAGGGACUGGAUAGGUUCAUAGGGAAAGACUCAGCCCUUGAGUAUUGUUGUAUAAACCACAGCUGAGAUUAUCCAGAAGUUGAAUGCUGUGGCCACUGCUGACCUGUUCCAUUUGACAUCUUUCCUUAAAAAAAUAAAAUAAAAAGAUCAAGGCAUAUGAGCAGCUGCGUUCUAGGGGAUGGUGGGAAAGGCAGGUGGUGAGAAUCGAGGGCUGGGCGAAUCUGCCUCAGGCUGGUUGGGCCUGAGUCCAGACCCUCCUCUUUCCCUGCUAGCGGCAUGCAGCCAACCCCACGCAGGCGGAAAUGCUGUCUCACUACAUCGCCAGUUUCACGCAAGGCUCCAUCGUGGCCCACAAGGAAGGCUCCCGCUGCUGGAUUCGCGACAAGGGGCCCAUCGUGGAGAGGUGAGUCUGGGGGGCUGCACAGAUCAGUGGAGUCUCUUAAUCCAGAUUCAGGGUAUGUUCUGAAUGAAUGCUGCUUCCCAGGAACUGGGAAAAUAGGGAGUGUUACCCCACCCUCCCUUGUUGAUUGGGGGGAAGAGUAACAGUUGCCCCAGGUAUAGCUAACCUAAAGAACCUCUCUCUCCCCAACAUUUAUUUAUUUAUUCAUUUGUGUCCACAGCUAUAUAGGUUUCAUCGAAAGCUACCGAGAUCCCUAUGGUUCCCGUGGGGAAUUUGAAGGUACUGUAUUAGCUCAACGUCCCCAUUCCCCACCUGCGAGUAGUACGAUCUCACGCCAGUCGUUGACCAUUCGAUGCCCUCUUUUGCUUUCCCCGUCUCUCCCCACCCCUGCCCUGAAGCCCUCUCAGUAUAACGAUAACAAUGAUUAAAGUUCCCAGCAUUAUUGUUCUCCCACCCUUGCCUGCCCUCACCCCCCCCCCAAGACACAAAUUAUAUUUGUUGGAAGCAGCCCAGAAUGGCGGGAGCAACCCAGUCUUAUGGGUGGGGUACAAAUAAUAAAAUUACUACUACUACUACUUUGCCUGUGCAGGGGGAAGUUUGGGGUCUGGGCUGUUGGGUUAGCCUUAACCUGGAGACAGGGCAACCUCAGAUUCAAGGGCCAAAUGCCUCUCUGUCUGGCCCUUGAGGUUCACCCUCCCCAGCUCUCGGCCCUUGCUAGCCCUGAAUUGCACCUUCCUUGAAUGUUUUUGCCUGGCUGGAACCCGUCCAUGCACUCUGCUAAUGCCUCCUGCUUGCCUGGAGGGAGGGCAAAGAGGGGUGAGUGUGCGCAUAAACUAGCUUACUGUACAAAGGUAACUUUUACGUCCAUUGCUCUGCCCACUUUUGCCCCUGGCCCUGACUGCCCCAGCAUGUGCUCCCCCCGAAGGGAAAGCAGCCCUCUGGCCAAAAAUGUUUCCCCACCCCUCUCUCAACGCAUCACCCUGCUCUGGGUGGAGGCAGGGUUGGAGACUUGGGAAGGAUGCCAUCUCCACAUCCAGUGAGAUUCUUUGUUUCGCCCCAGAAGGGGGACAUAUGGGCCGCUCUCUCUUUUGAAGAGACCAUAGAAUCAUAGAACUGCAGAGUUGGAAGGGUCCUGGGGGUCAUCUAGUCCAACCCCCCUGCAAUGCAUGAAUCUUUUGCCCAACGCAGAGCUCGAACCCACCGCCCUGAGCUUAAGAGUCUCACGCUCUGCCAACCGAGCUAUCCACAGAUCGUCACACCAAAAGUCUUUUCUGCUCUUGCAAGUAGAAUUUGGGGACUAUUUCAUAGGCUUGGCCUAUGGGGAGACAGCAGCCAAGAGACAUGUUGGUGAGAUGAUCAUAGAAUUGUAGAGUUGGAAGUGACCCCAAGGGUAUUCUAGUCCACCCCCCUGCAAUGCAGGAAUGGGGGUGGGGCCGGAAAUGGAGGCCCUUAAGACUGGGCUUCCUCACAGUGCCUCUCCACCCUUCCCCCCCACCAGGCUUCGUUGCGGUUGUGAACAAGGCCAUGAGUGCGAAGUUCGCUCGUCUUGUGGCGGCGGCUGAGCGGUUGCUGGAGGAGCUGCCGUGGCCUCGUGCCUUCGAGAAAGACACUUUCCUGAAGCCCGACUUCACCUCGCUUGACGUGCUGACCUUUGCCGGGAGCGGGAUCCCUGCCGGCAUCAACAUCCCAAAUUGUGAGGAUCUGGUCGGUGGCAGGUUUGGGGGGGAAGGUGGCAGGCCGUGGGGUAGGGCUGGGACUUGGUAGUCAAGGAUCUCCCUUUGGCAUACAGAAGGUGCCACGUCAAAUCCCCAGUAUUUCCAGACGGGGAGGGGGAGACCUUGAAGAGUCGCUUCCUGGUCAGAUGGACACAGUGGUACCUCAGGUUACAAAUGCUUCAGGUUACAAACACUUUGGGUUACAGUGUUUGGAAGUAGUACCUCAGAUUAAGAACUUUACCUCAGGAUGAGAACAGAAAUCACGCAGCGGCAGCGGGAGGCCCCAUUAUCUAAAGUGCUACCUCAGGUUAAGAAAGGUUUCAGGUUUAGAACAGACCUCCAGAACGAAUUAAGUUCUUAAACAGAGGUACCACUGUACAAAUAAUAAAAUUGUUGUUAUCCUACCUUGACACGAUGGCAGCAGGAGAAACUCCAGAAGUGUUGCCUUGAAGUGCUGCUCGCAGGGCUGGCGAAACGCUCAUUUUCUCCCUUCCCUGCCAUUGACAGGGCCUGUAAAAAGGACUAUGAAAAUACCAAAAAAUGGGUGGGAGAGGAGGAAAGACUCCAGGGUGAGAUCAAGGGGCCCAAAGCAGCCCAGUGAGAACAAAGCAUGUUCCGUGACUAAGGGACGGUAGGGUGGGGGGCAGGAUGGAAUGGAGUAUCCUGGAACAGGGCCAAAUUAAAUUCUUGGUCAUCGGCAUGGCUUCCUAAAUUGGACUAUCGUCACUCGGGAAACAAAAUACAAAAGUGUGCCGGAAGGAAUAGAGUGACAAGAGGAGCUGGUGAGAAGCCGGUAGGAACAUACCCCUGUCCCAGCACAGGCCUAAACAUAGCUAGAAUAACAGGACCAGGGAUUGCCGUUUGGUAAGUGAAUAGGAAGAGGAAGCGAAAGUCGCUGACGACCCAAGUAGGGCGAUUGAAUCUGCGCUAGCCCUUGAUGAACAGCAGUGAAAUAACUGCUCAUAGGUGCUGUUUGAAGCAUCUUGUAUGCUUCCUUGUGGGCAUUGAUGGGGUGGAAGGAGUCUCCUCCCAGUGAGAGAAGCACUUGCUGUUUCAAAUAGCCCCUUUGAAAGGCGCUUUAAGGCAGCCCCUGUGAUCCUGAUGCGAAGGGUGGUUGAUCCUGCUAAGCACGAGGCUGGAGUUCAUGGGAGAGCUCAGCACCCCCCCAGCUCAGCACUAAGCAGGAUUACCUUCUCGCCCAUGAGGAGGAAGAGCGAUCCCACUUGACCCGGGUGUCAGCAAGUGGGCUUCCCUGCUCUGCAGUGUCGCUUGCAAAACAUCGCUUUUUCUCCCGGCCUUUUGAGUCGUUGGGGGGGGGGCGGGAGCAAAGCCUGUGAUUUGCGAACCAGAGGUGCAAAGUGGAGAAGCUCUAGCCCCGCAGAACCCAGUUUUAGCAGCCUGUUUCUCCCCCUUUCCCAGAUGAUGACAUCCGCCAGACGGAUGGCUUCAAGAAUGUCUCGCUGGGGAAUGUGCUGGCCGUGGCCUACUCCACGCAGAAGGAGAAGCUGACGUUCCUGGCAGAAGAGGACAAGGUGUGUGUGUGUGUGUGUGUGUGUGUGUGUGUGUCUGUCUGGGGGAGGGGGUGUAUUUUUGCGGAGGGGCAGGGAAAAUGGGGUGGGGGGUUGUUGCAGGAGUGGGGCAUGCAAGGAUUCUUCACUGGUUUUUAAUGCAUUUUUAAAAACACUUGUCCCAAACUCUGGGGGGAGUAAUGAAACAGCCAGCUUUAUUUAUUUACAAAUCCUCUUGCAGGAUCUCUAUAUCCAGUGGAAGGGGCCUUCCUUUGAGGUUCAAGUUGGACUCCAUGAACUCCUGGGUCACGGCAGCGGGAAGCUCUUUGUCCAGGUGGGCACCUAACCCCUCCCCCCCAAAAAACAAGCUUUUGAGGAUAUCCAAAGCAGAAGAAAUUUGGGUGUCAGAGGACAGAAGCCGUUUCAGCCUGUGUUCCACAGUCUCAGGAAGGCAGAUGACAGAGAGAAACCUUGUAUUAUAUCCCUUAAUGUAUUCCAUGAGUGGGCUCCCCAGCUAGGAAAAAAGUCAAAAGUUUUUGCUUUUCCUUUGGCCAGUUUCAUAUUGCACGCCAAUUUACCUGCAAGUGCAGCAUGCAAAAGUCUCCGGGGCGAUUCCUCAAAAUUUAAGUUGACCGCCAGCUUCCAGGAUUUUGCAAUUUCUCGUCGAGCAGCCCAUUACAUGAAAGCCAUUAACGUUUUAUAUACCGAUUCCUCAUGACCCCCUUUCCAUGCUCAUUGGGAAUAAGAAGAACCAAUGGACUUUACAGUAUCCAUUCAUUUAAAUAUCAAAUUCCAAUAUGCAGCUAUUCUCAGGGAAUCCCAGCAUAUCUGUAUGAAAGAUCCUUGUUGCCCACAUUCCCUCCAACAAUAAUUGCUUCUGUCCUUCAUUAUGAGCAGCCUCAGUUUUUGAGCACUCUCUCUUUUGUCCUGGCAGGAUGACUCGGGGGCCUUCAACUUUGACCACGAGGCAGUGAUCAACCCAGAAACAGGAGAACAGGUAAAGCCUUCACAUGUUUCCUGUGAGGAUUAGAAGGGCUUGUGACUUCUUAAAGAAGUCCCCCCCCCCUUGUUUAUUGUCCUUUGCACCACUUGGGCAGUUCCUGCAUGAGACCUAGAGUUCAGUGUCCUUUGAAUCACAAGUUAGUUCUCUUUUUAAAGAAAUAGGAAAAAAAGGGCACCCCAGGUUUCUAGCCCUCAUGGUGGAACAGAUGAGUUGGAAAGCACAUGUGUGCUUAAGUUCUAAAUUCCGGAAUAGAACUUGGGAGGAUUUUUGUGGUGGUGGAGGAAAUCAGCCCCCUGUAUAGCUCAUGGCCCUUCCCUGUAACCAAUAGAUGCAGAAUAAAUUAUAAUGAUUUGUAUAUCUUACACUGAUAUACAGUGGUACCUCAGUUGUUGAACGUAAUCCGUUCCGGGAGACCGUCUGACUUCCAAAAUGUUCAGUAACCGAGGCGCAAAGGGCGGCCUGCAAAACCAAUAGAUAAAAUUGGGGGAGGGGGGACACGCAGUGGAAGCCAUUCAACUUCUGAGGCACGUUCAAAAAUGGAAGCAUUUACUUCUGGGUUUCCGGCGUUCAAAAACUGAAAUGUUUAGCUUCUGAGACGUUCGAAAACCGAGGUACCACUGUAUUAUUCUACAAUAUAGAAUGUGGUUUUUCGCUUCCUCUCUGUGGGAUCAGCAUUUUUGCCCCUUAAGGUGCAGAAUUCAUGUGACAGCUAUUUUAUUAAAAAAAACCUAACCCUACUUUUUAGCCAAAAAUGCUGGAAGAGCAACUUUAAAAUAACAACAACAACCCAUAGCCUCAGGCUUAAAAACUAGCAGGCACGACACACAAGAAAGAAGGGAGGAGGAGGGAGGAGGGGGAAAGCAAGCCCAUAGCUCUGUUUUAUGCAGAUUCUGGCUGACUUAGAGAAUCAACCCCCGCCCACCGAUCUGGUCCAGAGCAGAGCAGGUGACCAUUUUAAGAUCAGGAGGACAGGGCUGCCCCUUCCCUCAGACAGCUAACUCAGUUCACUUGUCCAAGACACCCGCAGUUGUCUGGCCCUUCACUCUUCUCCUAUCCCCAUAGAUUAGAAGCUGGUACCGAGGCGGUGAGACAUGGGACAGCAAGUUUUCGAACGUUGCAUCGAGUUACGAGGAGUGUCGGGCCGAGUGUGUGGGACUGUACCUGUGCCUGAACAAGGAGGUCUUGGGGUGAGGACCUGAGGUAGCAGCGGCAUGUGGGGUGGGGGUGGGGGAGGAGAAGCACAAGAUGGAGCCCUUAGCAGGCAAGACCCCCAAAGUCCCAGGCCGUGGCUGAGAGGGGCUUUUAUUUCAGAUAAUAAAGAUUUUAAACCGGGACUGGGAAGCCUUUUUCCGUCUUGAGGGGCAGGUUUCCUUCUGGGCGAUCUUUUGGGGCCUGCAUCCCAGUGAUGGGCAUGGCCAGAGGCAAAAGGGGGACGGGCAGUGGAUGCAAGUUUUACUUGGUAAGGUCAGCUGGUUUGUACAUCCACUCUUCCAUGCCCAUCCAGGACAAGCAAAAGGCAUUGUCAGAGUUCAAGGACAAAUUCCCAGCCAGGCUAAAAGUCUCAAGGAAGGUGUGAAGCAGGCCUGGUGAGCAGGUGGGACUUGUAGAGAGUUCCGAGGGCCACAUAGAGAGUUCUGGAGAGCUCCAUUUGGCCCCCUGGCCUGCAUCCUUGUUUUGGACAAAACUAUUAGCUCUGGGGAAAACUUGACUGCUAAGUUUUUGUUAGGUUGUUUUUUUAUGCUGCCUUUCAGGAUAUUUUAUUUAUUCAUGGGGAGAAUUUAUGUUCCUCCCAGCUAGCCAAAGUCAUCGCACAAUAUUUAAAAGGCAAUUUUUACCAAGGCAAGAGAGUUAAUAUCUCCCACCUCAGUUCUCUGACGUUCUGGCUGCCCCCCUGCAACUUGAAUCGCCAGGGGGGGAAAGGGCACUUUGCAAACCCGGAUGUGUUUUAUUAUGAGGCGGUGGCAGCUCUGACCCCCCUCCCAUCCCUUUUGCUGUGAUAAUCCUUCCUCUUCCUGCUCUGCCCACAAGGAUCUUUGAACUGGAAGGAGAAGAUGCUGAGGAUGUGAUCUAUAUUAACUGGCUGAACAUGGUGCGUGCCGGGCUGCUGGCACUGGAGUUCUACACCCCGGAGUCCGGAACAUGGCGGCAGGUGCAGUCCUGAUGCUGGAAUGGGUAGAGGAAAGAUAUCCCUGGGUGGGAAGGAGAGAGGCCUGUGGCAUCAGGGGAAUGGCAAGUGGGUAACCUUUACCCACCUGGUAAAUUUGGCCCGGAGGAAAGGUUAGUUCCCUGCCCCCUAUUGUCUGUCUGGACUUGAGAGUCAUUGCUUCACAGUCUCAUUUGAGAAUUCCUUGUCUCCUCGCCUCUCCUUUUUAAAAAAAAUUGAUUUUAUUAAAAUUUUGAAAAAGGAAUCCAAAAAUUAAUAUCCAGUAUCGUUUUUCUCUCAAAGGCUAAUCUUAAUUAAAACACAGACCAGAAAAGGAGAGAAAGAGAUAGGAAGAGAGAGAAAGAAAAAGAGAGAGAAAGAAAGAGGGUGGGGUGAAACAGGAAAAAAGAACUCUAUGUAUAAAUUUUUCAGCACACCCACUCAAAGAUAACACCCAACAAAUCCACUUUCUGUAAACCAACAUUAUAUUGAGUCCUAAACCCAAAUACUAUUUGGGUUUCUUUCUCACGCAAAAAGUCUCUAAGAAGUUUCCAGUCUUUAGUAAAUGUUGGCAGUGACUUUUCUCUGAUUAAACACGUCGACACCUCGGCUAAACCCAGUCAUUUCAACAGCUGUUCCUCCAUUGUGGGUAAUGGCGAGUCCUUCCAUUUUUGUGCGUAUAAAAGUCUUGCCGCUGUAAUCCUAUAUCGAAGUAAAGCUCCUUUUUUCUAAAUGGCAUUGUGUUGCCUUCCUGCCACGGCAGGCCCACAUGCAGGCGCGCUUUGUCAUCUUGAGGGUUCUCCUGGAAGCCGGCGGGGGGCUGGUAUCCCUGCAACACACCACAGGCAGAGACGGCAAACCCGAUGCAGUGGUGUCCCUCGACCGCAGCAAGAUCACCACAAUAGGGAAACCUGCGCUGGAGCACUUUCUCCGCAAACUGCAGGUAAGGGCCAGGGAGGGAAGGAUGGGCCCAGGGUCUCUCUUCCCUUAGGGGGAGAGAGAGGCUGACCCAGCAGGGUGCUGCUCUUCUGUUCCAAAGGUGCUGAAGUCCACAGCGGAUGUGGCAGGUGGGCGCACCCUCUACGAGACGUACUCUGCGGUGACGGACGAGGAGCCCCAGCGCUUCCUGAGCCUGCGCAAGACUGUGCUGCUGCGCAAGGAAGAACGCAAGUUGUUUGUCCAAGCAAACACACGCCUGGAAGGUAAGAGCAGCGGUGAGCAUAUCUCCUCGGGCAGUAGAGCACAUCUUAAGCUCAGGGUCGUGGGUUUGAGCCCCGCACUGGGAAAAAGAUUCGUGCAUUGCAGGGAGUUGGACUAGAUAACCCUCGGGGGGUGUUUUAAACAUCCUUUUCAUUUCAUUAUAUAUCAUUUCCCAGUAAGCUUUAACCUUACUACAAGACCAACACAUAUGAUGUUUAAAAUAACCUUUGUAAAAACAACAACCCAGAAGCUUUUCUUUUGGGAAUUAUAGGGACAGAACUACCAAAAAUGUAUAGAAACUUUUUUAUGUAUGCUACUACAGCGGCAAGAAUGUUACUUGCCCAAAAAUGGAAAGAAGCAGAAGUCCCAGCAAAGGAAGAAUGGAUGCAAAAACUUAUGGGAUAAGCAGAAAUGGUGAAACUUGCCAGAAGAAUAAGAAAUCAAGAUAACAAAUCUUUUAUAAAAGAACAGAAAUGGUUUAUUGAAUAUUUACAGAUGAAUUAUAAACAGAUAAAAACAUUGGCAGGAUUAUUGUAGUAACCUUCAGUUUUAUAAGAGUAUAUAUUUAAAGAAGAUGAAUAAAUGAACAAAUUAAGUUAAUUUGGAUAUGCAGAAGAUAGUAAAAAUAAAUUUAAGGAGCCGCAGAAAGUGGGGGAAGGAAGUCAAGUUUUGAAAUGUCAAAAUGAUUGUAGAAUUAGUGAAAUGUAAAAAAAUAGUGAAAUGUAUGAACUUGAAAAGUAUGAAUGAAUGAAUGAUGCCCCUGGGGAGUCCCUUCCAACUCUACCUUUCUGUGAUUCUAUCCUCCUCUGCUGGGUAUUUCCUAGCUCAACUGAUUCAGCUGUUAAGCGAAUCUGGCUAAGGUGGCAUCAUAAAUAUUGGUUUGCUUAUUUAUUUUUAAAGUAUCAGAAUUUAAGAUUAAUUUAACUGUAUAGGAUUAAAAUCCAGGCCCACUUUUGGCCUGCACGGCCAUUUUCCUCAAACCACGCCCACCUGCCCAUCAGCUGGUGUCCCUGGUGAGGUCAGCUGAUGGGUGGGAGGGCAGGGUUAAAUCUGGCAUUGGCUGUGCAUCCCAUUCCCAGAAGAAGAAGAUAUCCUCAGCUGAAGCAGCAAGAUUUAAUCCCUGCUGACAUGCUAAUGAGCAGGGGUUAAAUCCUGCUCAGUUUCAAAUGCUCUUAACAGUUCCAGAUGCUUUGCAACAGGAGCUGUCUGAAGGCCUUCAUAUGUCCAAAAGGGCAGCGGGACAAGUGGGGGUGACUGUCUACAAACAGCCAAAGAGGUUAUUGCAGUGCUUUGAUGCACUUUGAAGUCCCAGCAAUUGGGACGUCAAAGUGACCAGCUCCUGGUGUUGUAGUGAUACCGGGUGAUUGAUAGGUGGGUCCACCUGUCAAAUUGGACCCACUAGGGAGUGGCGAGAUAAUGAUACCCCUGAAAGAGCAUCACCCAUCUGGAAUGGUCCAUCUACUGACUUUGAUCAUUUCUCCUCCUCCUACCCGCCCCUUUCCAGGUAAAGAUGUCGCACUGGUGCAGUACGAAAGCAGUGCAGCGGGGCUCAUCAAAUCUUUCCGCGACCGUUUCCGUGAAGAUGCUGAAGUCCUGGAGAAGUAUCUGUUGGAGAUGGCACAGGCUGAUGCCCAUUUCUGGGAAUCCUGAGCCCCACAAGGCACAAGGGCCCUGGCUUCCCCACACUCAGCUCCCUUUGCCUGCCCAUCCAGGCACACCAGGCCGUUUCUGCACCUCACCCGUCUCUUUCGGAAAUGAGGGGUACAAGUGAACAAGAUCGCCUCUCUGAAAGCAGUCGGCCAUCAAUCCCUACCCCCCGGAAGGGCCUGUGGUGGCUCCAGCCCUCCUGUUGUUGCACCUAAGGGUUCAAUAAACCUAGCUUUUAUAAAGU